AUGAAGAUCUACAAUAACUUGGCGAAGGUCAACACCGAGGAACAGGCGCACAACUCGAGCAACAGCAUCGGGAAAAUGAGCGAGUACGAGACGGUUCGUUCGGAAAUGAUGACACGUGCAGCGCUGAUUGUUAGGGCCUGCGACGAGCUGCAAAAAUUGACGACCGACAUCAAGGAGUUCCUCUUCCUGAACGACUUUGAGUACCUGUCUCGGACGAUCAAGGAGGCGGAGCGGAAAGCACUGGAAAUUCAACGAGUCCACCGAGCCCGGCUGCUCGAGUUCCGCACCGACCUCGUCAGCCUGAGCCAGGACAUCGACCGCGAGCUGCUCGACGAUUUUUACCUCAAAGCU